AUGGAUCAGGUGGUUGCCCUUAGUUUUCAGGAGUUGUUUCAGGCCAGAGGAGUAAGGCUUGAAGUACAAUUAGUAAGAAAUUUUUUAGAUAAGAUAGAUAGCUGUUGCCCAUGGUUCAAGGAAGAAAAAANNNUAGAUUGUGGAACCUGGGAGAAAGUUGGUGAGGCCUUGAAAAUCGCUCAGACAGAUAAUUUUACCCUAGGCCUCUGGGCGCUCAUAAAUGAUGCUAUAAAAGAUGCAACUUCUCCAGGGCUAAAUUGCCCCCAGGCGGAGCUUGUGGUAUCUCAGGAGGAGUGCCUAUCAGAGAGGGCCUCCUCAGAAAAAGAUCUUCUUAACUCAAAAUUUGAUAAAUGUGGAAACUCAGAUGAUGAACUGAAUUUUAACAAAAAUCACUCAGAUAGAGGAGUUGCCUAUUACUUUAAUGAGAAUUGGCCCUCUUGUGAAUCUCCAGCUUCACCUAUAGUCCCCACUUCGGGAGGUGCUACUCAUAGGGACACAUGGCUAAGUGAGUUAGAGUUUGAGAUUAAGCUUCAGAGGCUGACUAAUGAGCUUCAGGAAAUAAAAAAGAUGUCAGAAGCAGAGAAGAGUAACUCUUCUGUAGUUCACCAGGUGCAGCUAGAAAGAGUUGUGAGUCAGGCUUGUGGGAAAGGACAGAAUAUGUCUAAUAUGUUACCCUUUCCUGUGGUCGAGGUAGUUGAUCAGCAAGAUACUAGGGCCAGACAUUACCAGAACUUGGAUUUCAAGUUAAUAAAAGAGUUAAAGGCAGCUGUUGUGCAAUAUGGCCCUUCAGCCACAUUCACUCAAGCAUUACUGGACACAGUUGUGGAGUCACACUUAACCCCCUUAGAUUGGAAGACUCUUUCUAAGGCUACCCUGUCAGGAGGAGAUUUUUUGCUUUGGGAUUCUGAAUGGCGAGACGCCAGUAAGAAAACUGCUGCUUCUAAUGCUCAGGCUGGUAACUCAGACUGGGAUAGCAACAUGCUUUUAGGAGAGGGUCCAUAUGAGGNACAGACAAAUCAGAUUGAUUUUCCCAUUGCAGUGUACGCACAAAUUGCGACAGCCGCAUGCCGUGCUUGGGGAAGGUUGCCAGUUAAAGGAGAUAUUGGUAGAAGUUUAGCUAGCAUUCAGCAGGGUUCUGAUGAACCAUAUCAGGACUUUGUGGACAGGCUAUUGAUUUCAGCUAGUAGAAUCCUUGGAAGUCCAGACACAGGUAGUCCUUUCGUUAUGCAAUUGGUUUAUGAGAAUGCUAACGCAAUUUGCGGAGCUGUGAUUCAACCGCAUAAGGAACAGACAGAUUUGGCGGUAUAUGUCCGUCUUUGCACAGACAUCGGGCCUUCCUGCAAGUUCUCACAGGGAACCCACGCCUAAGCAAUGUUCUCGAGGAAACGAGGGAAUAAUGCAUGCUUUAAAUGUGGAAGUUUGGAUCAUUUUAGAAGUAAUUGUCCUAAGAACAAGGGUGCCGAGGGUAGACAAACAGGAUACAAACAGAAUGCAGCAAAUUCCAUUGAAGAUAGAAAUGGCCUGGCAUUCAGUUACAAGAAUCCCUAA